AUGAGGUCCUCAUUCACGCAGCUCUCGGCUGUACUUACAGUCCUUUCCGCUGGAGCUUCAGCCGCUCCUACUGAAUCUCACAAAGGAUCUUGCACGAAGACAAAGGUCGCUAUUCUCGGAGCUGGUGCUGCUGGUAUCGCUGCGGCCCAAAACCUCACCGCUGCCGGUAUCAAGGAUUUCAUGAUCCUUGAACACAACGACUACAUCGGCGGCCGUCUAUGGAAGCAAACCUUCGGAAAGAACAAAGAAGGAAAACCUUACACCAUCGAAUUCGGUGCCAACUGGGUCGAGGGUCUUGGAUCUGAAGAAACAAACGAAAACCCUAUUUGGUUACUGGCGAAGAAGCACAAGCUUGUGUCGACAUUCUCAGACUACGACGCAUACAAGACCUUUGACCACGAGGGUGAGACGGACUGGAGUGACAAGAUCGACGAGUUCGAUGAGGCGUACGCCAAGGCUGCGGCCGAGGCGGGUCACAUGUUGAUCAACAACAUCCAGGAUACGUCCGCACGUGCCGCUCUCCGCACGGCAGGCUGGCGCCCGGAGAAGGAUGAUAUGCACGCUCAGGCCGCUGACUGGUGGGGAUGGGAUUUCGAGUCUGCGUGGACCCCUGAUGAGAGCGGUCUGAUUUACGGUGUUGCUGGAGGCAACGCGAGCUUUGGGUACUACAGCGAUGUGAGCAACCUCGUCUGGGACCAGCGUGGUUACUCUAUUAUCAUCCAGGAAGAGGCCAAGGAGUUUCUCAAGAAGAAUGACAAGCGCCUUCGUCUCAAGACUACCGUUGAGGGUGUUGAGUACAACAAGGACGGUGUAAAGGUGACCACCAAGGACGGCGACUGCAUCCAAGCCGACUACGCAAUCUGCACUUUCUCCGUCGGUGUUCUGCAGCACGAUGUCGUUGAAUUCAAGCCCGCUCUUCCAGACUGGAAGCAAAGCGCCAUCGAUCAAUUCGCCAUGGGCACCUACACCAAGAUCUUCAUGCAAUUCAACGAAUCCUUCUGGGACGACGAGACGCAAUUUCUUCUCUACGCCGAUCCUCUCGAGCGCGGUCGCUACCCUCUUUUCCAGUCGCUGAACGCUAAGGGUUUUGCUGAGGGUUCCAACAUUUUGUUUGGCACGGUUACUGGCGAGCAGGCUUGGCGCGUGGAGCGACAGACUGAUGAGGAGACUAUGGAGCAGAUGGUUGAGGUUCUGCAGACUAUGUUUCCCAACAAGACUGUUCCUAACCCUACGGCUUUUGCAUACCCUCGGUGGAGCACCGAGACCUGGGCAUACGGAUCGUACAGCAACUGGCCCGUCGGCAUGACCCUAGAGAAGCAUCAAAACAUGCGCGCCAACGUCGAGCGCCUGUGGUUCGCCGGUGAAGCUAACUCGGCUGAGAUGUUCGGUUUCCUGCACGGUGCUUGGACGGAAGGUCGGUACAUUGGCUACCGUCUUGGAAAGAUCAUUAACGGGGAUGCUGGUGACGAUGAGUUCGAUAUGGAGCGUUAUGAGACUCUUCACGGAACGACAUUUGAGGAUGAGCAUAAUGAGGAGAACGGUUGGUUGUUCCCCUUUGAUGUUGAGGAGGGUGGUGCUUAA